AUGGAUAGGUGGUGGGAACCACCUCCUGAACCGCAGGAUGCUCCCAACGGCGCCCACCUCUUCGUUUGUCAGCACGGCCUGUGGGGCAGCCCCGAGGACGUGUCCUUCCUGGAGCAGUACCUGCAACACAAUGGCUGGUUGACUCUCAACGCGAGGAGCAACUCGGCGAGGUGCACUUUCGACGGAGCCGAUGUAUGCGGGGACCGCCUGGCUGCUGAGGUGGUGUCCCACGUGCAACGGCUGGCGGCUGGAGGAAUCCGGGUGACCCACAUCAGUUUCGCAGCUUACUCAUUUGGCGGUCUCAUCGCACGCUACGCCGUGGGCAAGCUGCUGGCUAGUGGCUUCUUCUCUGCGAUAGCUCCAGUCAACUUCCUUACCAUCGCCACACCACACCUGGGUUGUUGGGAGCACCCAAGCAGUAUGUCGCAGCUGGCCUACAACAGCAUCCUUCCCUGGACUCUCAGUCGGACUGGCCGCCAACUUCUGCUAGCGGAUCGCUGGCUGGAGCCCGAGGGUCUGCCCCUGCUUGCCGCCAUGGCCCGCCCCGACUGCGCCUUCCAUGCUGCGCUAGCCGCCUUUAGCAAGCGCGUACUACUAGCCGACAUUCGCAGCGACCGUACCGUGCCGUACACAACCGCUGCCAUCACGGCCGUCAACCCGUACUUUCCCGGCGGCGCGGCAGCAGCGCCUUCCGCGCUCUCGCCGCAUCGCACGGGGGACGGUGGAGACCGCGGCAGCGGCGGCUGGCCAGGAUGCGGUCGCUGCAGAUGCAAGAAUGUUCAGGGUCCCACAUUUUCGUCGGCAGUUCCAUCGUUAGUGGAGGUGGAAGGCCAUGAAGGAAUGGAAGGGGAGGAGGACGAAGGCGGAGGCACAGAUUCGGACGCUUUUGAUGGCUUGGGCUUGGACUUGGACGAUGGAGACACCGACGGGGACGGUGUGGGCGCAGGCGCUGGCGGUUUGCUAAGGGGCUGGAGCAGCAGCCUGCCAGGAUUCACCUCAGUGCUGCGUUUCGGAUUGGGCAUGGCGGCGCUGCUGUUCCGUAGCGGCGGCGGCGCUGGUGCUGGUGCGCGCGCCCGUGCCCGCAGGCACGGCCUGGGCGAGGGCUGCUGUUCCGGGAAAGGAUGCUGUGUGGCUGGCGUGCGGCGCGGCUGCUGCUACGGGGACGCCGCCGUUGCCACCUACGGUGCCGCCGCCAGCGCCGUCGGCCAACCCACGGCAGCUAUUAUUCCGCUUCCUAUCAGCUCCGCAUAUCCGUGCAUCGUGACGCCAUACCCCGCGCCAGCUGGGCCUCCCGCUGCAUCCGGCGGCGCCGCAGCCGGGCAGGCUGCUUGUCCCUUACCGUACUGCUGUGGCCGCCGGCUGCCUUCAGCAGUGACCGCGGCUGAGGCAGUAGGGACAUCAUCGGGCAUGCAUCGCUCUGCCAGCUCGCCGUUGCCGAAAGUGCGCCACGCCACCGGCAGCGCGUACGGCUGCGACGGCAGCAGCAGCUGCAGGGGUGGCGGCAGUUGCAGUGCCCAGCGUCAGGCCUCUCACAUGGCCGCUGCCAGUGCAGGGUCUACGCGAAGGGUGCCAGCUAUGGGAGUUAGGAAUGGGCCCCAGUCGCGUAAGAGUUGGUGGGCAGCGACAUUAUAUUCCUCCUUUACACACGGAAACAACAGCCUCGGAGGUAUGGGUGGCGGCAUCGCUGACAGUACGGUGUCCAAUGACGGUUGUGGCGCCACUUCACUCCUCCGAAGCCACACACGGCGCAGCCACUUGUACGACAACCAGUUUGGUGCACCGUUGCCAUCUGUGACCUUACCGUCGCUACGCUAUAGCCGGUCAUCCUCCGCUGCGAUCCAGACGACGACCGCUGCGCGCAAUGGCGGCCUUGGCAACUGGUUUGGCGGCGGCGACGACGGCAGCGACAGUAGCCAGGACGAUAGGCUGGCUAGCCGCGUCCGGUUGGGCUUGUUUGUGGCGCUACUGCCAGUGUUGCUGUCCCUGUGGCUGUGCAUGGUGGCGUGGCUUGCGGCGAUAUGGAUACAUCAUUACGCCGUGCUGCUUACGGUGAGACCGGACCGUAGCUGGGACGUGAGGGUGAGGCGCUCUGCCGCCGCGGUAACCCCGGAGGCAGCGGAAGCAACACCAGAUGGGAGGCAGGGCGGCGACAGCGGCACAGCGACGCCACCGGCGCCGCCGGCAGUAGCGGCCAUGCCCAGCAGCUUUUGUGUCGAGGAUGGCAGCGGUGACGGCAACACGGGCGUCGGCGUCAGUGGAUCAUCAUGUGGUGGCGGAGAGCUAACCGUGCCGACUGAGCUGCUCGUGAGCCUAACGGAGGCAGCGCCGCCAUUGCCAUUGCCAGCAUCGCCGCUGUCGCUGUCGCCCCAGCAGCAAAGGUUGCCAUGCCGACCUGAAGGGGCUCAGCCCUUUCCAGAGGCAUCCACUACGGCCACCACGAUUGCGUCGAUGGCAAGCUUGCUCCGGCAAGCCGAAGGAGCGUUAGGUGAGGAGGAUGGAUGCAGAAGCCUGCAGCCAGAAACAAUGUUGCCAUCGGGUUCGCCGUCUGUCUCUCGGUUGGUGUACAGCCUGGAAGUAGACCGCGCUUCUGAGAGCUGCUCUUCGUUCUCCGCUGCAAGCGCGUCUCAUUCAGGUUGUUCGUCCCGGACGCAGCCAGGUACGGCCGUCAUACGGGACGAUAAGGCCCCAUCUAUAGAAAUAACUGAGAACGAUCCGGUAAAGCGUUCAGUCAUCGCUUGUGGGGAUCAGACCUUUCAGGUUUCGGAGCUGGUAGCUACGGGAGAGUUGGUCCACCUUUCGGAGCCGGCAGCUGCUGGCGACCCGAUGACUCACGAGACAAGUUCCUCUGCUUCGAAACGGACGGAGGAUGCCGGUUUGGGGACGCCGGAGGGGGGGCCGGCUGCAGUAAUCGCAGACUCGGCACAGCUGAUGCCUGCACCGAUAGCAGCAGCGACCUUUCAAGGCGGGAUCGUGACCACAGCGUGCAUGAUAACUGGUUCCGGAGCGCCAAUGGCAACAAAGUCAAUAACAGCAGUUGCGGCGGCAAUGGCGACGGCAGCACCUGUAGUAAAAGCGGCAACAGACUGCGGGGAAACGAGUGCAGACGUGAGAGUUUUGGUCCGGUCCAUCGUCACGUCGGUGGUACAACGGUAUGACGGCUGCAACGUUCCAUUGGCGGAGGCGCAGGUGCAGCUUCUCGGAGAGGAGACCAACGCUGCGGCCUGGCAUCUAGACGGGACACCGACGCCGGAAGCUGGGGAAGCGGCGGCCAAGGCGUCGUCAGAUGCGGUUGCAGGGCAGGGUGUCAUCAGUUACAUGGUGCGCUCGAUCUUCCAGGCAAUUGUGUCGCGUCAGGAUGUCGCUGGCGCCGCCGGUACGGGCACCUCAGGCACUGACUCUGCUAUUGCCGACAUCAGCUACACCGCGGCCGCUUGCAGCGAAACGACAAUGGCGACGCAACACGCUGCGAUGCGUGGCGGCAGCGCCAGUGACAGCGCUGUCAUCGUCGCCUGCAACGGCGAUGGCGCCCGCAGCGGCUUUGUGGUUUCGCUACCGAAUGAAUUGAGCAAUGCUGCCGCCGCUGGUACUGCUGCUGCUCAUGCAAAUCGUCAGCCCAUGCCGCUGUUGCCUCACCACCGUCAUCAUCAUCAGCAACGACAGGGACCGCAAGAGCAAGAAGAGACGCAGCAAGAAGCAGCUCAGCAGCACCAGCAGACAGCGGAGCCUCGGCAUGCGGAGCAAGCAGAGCAGAUUGGGUCGGAGGUUCUGACAGCGGUUAAACGUGCGGCCGCGGUGCCAGCACCUGCACUAAGACCACAGAACGGGGACCGUGCUUCUUGCCGCGGUCUUGAUGAGCCGCGAGGAGCCGAGGAAAAAGCGAAGAUUCAACCGUUGCACCGCGAGGUUGCGGAACGCAGCCCCUCGUCGCGGUCCCACGACCCCGCGGCAUUGCUGUCCGAAAUGAUUGCCAAUCUGAAUCAGCUGGAGUGGCACAAGGUAGACGUGGACACACGCCAUUAUCAUGCCCACGCGGCCAUAGUAAUUCGCAGCAGCCGCCGUUUCCGGACCCACAUGCACAUCAUUGACUAUGCAGUAAGACAACUCCGACUAUAA